AUGGCAACAAUUCAGUCGGUUAUCCAAGCGAUCUCAACACUGGCUGCCACUGCCCACGAAGAGUUAGAAAAGGAUUUAUUCAGUGGUGCUGAACCAUUUCAAGAUCUUCUGGACCAAGCAGCGACAAAGCUGAAGGCUACCAAUGGUGCAUCAAAGUUAGAGCGUCGUGAGCGCAUUUUGACGGAGCUCGAGGUAUCUCUCGGUGACAUGGCGGACUCGCACCGCGUAGCUGGCAACGACUUCGUAGAUGCCUUUACGCAAGAUCCGUUUCCCGAAGUGAUGGGGGCUGUGGACAUCGUGUACAAGUGCUUGCCGUCGAUCUGCUUCUUCCUCAAAGACUUCGCCUUGCAGAAACUGGAGCUACUACGCACACGUCUGUACGAUCGAAUCCCAUUUCUCAGUGACAGCUCACAAGACUCGGUGUCUCUAUCCAAGAUUCUUCCACGUGAGGCAAUGGAUGCCGCCACUGACCUGGGUGGCGACAAAGCUGGAGGUGGAGAAUCCGCACAAGCUGCUGGAGAUGAAGUGCUGAGUAUCCUCAGUCAGGUGGCAGCCGAGUAUUCCUUCCACUUAACUGAUGAACAUCCUGCUUGCCAGUACGCACUAAGCGAGACGAGUGUUACCUCAGAGGAGAUCACGCGUCUACUACAGCAUGUAACAUUGCUCUGUCGAUUCGGUGAUCGAUUAAGACAAUCGACUGGGCAACUCUACGCGGGAGAUGUCCAGUAUCUUAUGCAAACCGUUCAAGAAGAUAUCCACAUGAAAGACAAAGCCAUCGCAGAGGUAAUGGCGGAUAUUAGAGCGCACGGACAUGCCACUUGGUCCAUUCGAGGCCUGGAGAUUAGCCCACAAUCUGGUAUUGCAACGCAUCUAACUCGAUCUCAAAAGCAAAACUUCCUGACGAUACCACAGCUCAGUGCUCUAGCACACGCCUGUGAGAAGUGGGAGCUGUCGAACCCCAUCACAGCGAAGGCUUUUGGAGGGGAGACUAUUGCAAGUGACGUGUUUGUUGCGUUAGUACUUGAAGUUGCUGCGAAAGAGGAUUUUCCUGUACGCUGGAGAGAUGCUAGUGCUGUUGCCGCUGUCACACUCCAGCAGUGCUCAACUCGAGGAGCUGUGUCGUGGAGGAAGUUCAUUUGGUCGCUAAUGUGCGUCCAGUUUAAAGGGACCCCAUCUCUUGAAGAUAUAUUAUGUUACCAGCGACGAGCAAUGAUACUUCCGGCGAUCAAGCGUCAGCGGCAAGACGCUAUCCUGGAAGAGAGUUGCAAUUUUUUCCUCUCUCGCACCGACUUCUGGAAUCUCUCGUUGUGGUUUGAAGAGCGCUGCAACAUCAAAGCCAAACACGAAGCUGAGCAAUGCAAAGAGCUCGUGUUCCAACUUUUCUCAAGAACAACAGAUCAAGUAGAUCUUAUACCGAUGUUGUUGUGCUGGUGUGUUCAUCCUUCCUGCUCCUUCAGUGUCCGUCACGAUCUCGAGGAGUUUGCUCCUCGAUACUCACGAGGAUUGUAUCGCGUCUUUCGACUGCUGUGUCAAUACUCGGCGUCCUUCGACUCGUUCUACCACGGUUGUUCGUCCGACUUGCCUCGCUUCUACCUAUUGCAGAAUCCGCUUGAAGCUCUCGUGCAGCCCUAG